AUGCGGAAGGGUAAAAAAACCAACAAUACACUGCACAGUGUGCAGAAUUGUUCUUGGGCUUUUGGCCGGUUACAACAGACUGGUGUUCCACAGGGCGUGCACUGUGCAAGAAUGGGCCACGAUACCCUGCUGUGGGCCCUAGAGAAGGAGGUGGUGGAGAGCAUCAAUGGGCCGCUGAAGGAAAAUACAACAUUCCUGAAAGGCGUGAAAAUCCCUCCAGGCCUGGUGGCCACCAACGACCUGCCGCAGGUUGUGGCACAUGGAGAGAUAGUGCUGAUGGUCGUCCCCACGCCAUUCGUUGCGACCACACUAGCCCCUGUUGCGAAGCUGUUUCGCAAGGACCAGAUUCUGGUGUCUUGCACAAAAGGCAUACUUAAUCAAACCCUGCAGACGGUGGACGAGAUCCUGCAGGACGUGCUUCCCUCUGGGAAGGUGGCGUUUCUGUCAGGCCCCUCCUUUGCAGCUGAGGUCGUCCGAGAGACACCCACCGCUGUGACGAUUGCGGCCAUGGCCUGCAGUUGGCGCAGAAGGUUCUUUCCCGAUAUCGUGGUCUCUUUGGCAGUUGGCAUCCCCCUAGACCGAAACCUGCCCUACAGAAUAGCUAAGACUGGAGCUAAACCAACGUAG